AUGUCCACCCCAACCUCCCACGACCACGACCAAUUCCAAUCCCAAAAAGACACGCUCCUCCUCCAACGCCUCCAAAAAGCCAUCUUCCCCACAACAAUCUACCUCACCGACGACUUCAAAACCCCCUACCUAAUCGCAGCAGAAGCUACAAACACUCAAUACCCCAAGACCCUCCCUAUACUAACAAUCUACAACGAACCAGAAAACAAAGUACCCAACCACGUCCUCCUCCCAGCCACACUGCACCCUCUCCUAUCACGCACCUACGCUCCAAACAGGGCCAUCGAAAAACAGCGUAAAAGUAUCCCGUUUAAAACGUACUGGGUAGGCUUUGACUUAUCAUUUAUGCACCGGUACAAGAAAGACAGUGAUUUUAUCACCGCGCUAGAUCAAGCGAUGGAAAUCGGGGGCUUGGCUUUUAUCGUGGAUGAGCCGGCGCAGGCACCCGUGAAGGCGUUUUUGAUGGAGAUUCGGGGACUGUUUGGAGGUGAAAAUGAUGUUUGGGCUUCGGCGCAGAGGCAGGUGCAUGUGCUGGAUCAGUUGGUUUUUGGUAAGUAUGUUGCUCUUGGGCCGGAGGUGUUGGGGUGGGCUGGUGAGGGUGAGUAA